CCUGCGCACGGUACCUGGCUGGACAUGAGUGUUACUACCUGCGUGGGGGGUUGCUUUCCGUUCAAUAUAUAAAAGUCCCGACGGUCCUCGUCGCCUGGGCUCCCUGAUCCCACUGUCUUCUUUUCAAAGCCAGCACAUCACGGAUAUAAGUCUUUCCAUGACUAUAUUCCACUUACGCCACCAUCUACCUCUCGUUUCUCUCCGGCGGUGGCGACGUCAAGCCUUUCCCUUCUUCCCCCUCCCGCCGCUGAUAAGCCACAGCCCUCCGUCUCGGCCUCUCAGUCGACGGCAGAGCAGAUGUCGACACCCCAUCGUGGCUUGCCUCCCCCGGCGGCCAUGACCCUGCCUCAACCACCACAGCAGCCUCCGCAGAUAGGUCAACCGCCACUAAGUCAACCCUUAGGACAGUUGCCGGCCCCUCUACAGCAAUGGCAAGGUGGGGAAGAGUCAAUGAGGAACUGGUUACUUGCUAAGGCCGAAGAGGACAAGCGAAAGCAAGAGGAGGAGAAGACACGGCAGGAAUCUUUGCGGUUAGAGCAACGAAAGAUCGAGCAGGAUAUGCUGCGGACGUCGUUGAAUGGAGGGAUUCCACCAUACAUGAUUCCCAUGGUUUUUGCUGGAAUGGGUGGAGGCAAUCUGCCAGCCACAAGUUUGGAAUGGGCCCAGCAUUAUCUGGCGCAAGCACAGCUUCAGCAGCAACAGCCUCAGCCUCAGCCUCAGCAGCAUAUGCUUCCUUCACAAAGCCACGCUUUGCCAGAGCAGCUGCAGAGAGGAGAUCCUCGAGUACCGCCGUAUUCAGGUCAACAACAUCCAGCCGCAAUGACGCUUCCAUCCACACCUGUAGGGCCGCCAGGCUCUCAACAGAGCGCAGGUUUUGUCCCAAGCUAUCAGAUGUCACCAGCAUCAAGGUCUCGAUCCACUAUUCAGGCACAGGGCGCAGUUGCCAGGCCACCCCAAGCCUCUCACCUACCCAGACUGAAUACGGGAGAGAUUGCGGCGGGAGGAAGCAUGCAAGCUUUACCUGGUCAAUCAGGGCAUCCAUUGCAACAAACACAAACAGCCCCGCAGCAAGAGACGCAUUCCUCGCCCUCAAUAUACUUCCAUCACUGGCAACCGCCCACGUCACAGGCCGGGAGUAGUGCUAAUCAGCCCAGUACCCCUUCAGAAUCAGCUUCUCCGAAAAAACGGAAGGCUACGGGACCUCACCAAUCCGCCCCGCAGCCCACAUCGCAGCCGCGGUAUACCUCUCCGCCCUUCUCCCAAACUGGCUCAAUAUCUCACACGCCUACAAAUCGACGCCGCGGCCACUCGAGGCAAAGAAGUGACAUGUCUGCUAGGGGACUUGAUUCCUACGGCCGCCCAGGGAGUCGACAUCGCUACAGCGAGAGUAGUUUCACCACGCGGAGCAUGGCUUCCCCCGCUCCGGAGCAGGGACCAGCAGCAGCGGCGUCCGUAGCGCCGCGACGACGUUCAGGGGGCUCAAAUCCGGUAUCUUCGAUACUCGAACACAGCGAAACGAGACCGCAGUCACAAUCACAAGCUCAACAAGCGCAACGCGACUCUGAGUAUCCGGCAGGAUCGGAGACGAGGCACGAGGAACGACGUAUGACGCCCGAGGGGGGAGGAUCACGAUGAGCGAUGUUGGCAAGCUAGAUGAUGAAAGGGGAUUUGGCGAUCCGAGAGGGGAUCUUUCGGAUGUCCAUGUACACGAGGAUCAUCUUUCUGUGAGCGACAAAUGGAUUCGCGCAAGGGAAAGACGACACGAGACGACGGACACGAGAUCGCCUUGGAUCCAUUCUCGAGCAGGCUUGGACCUUACUUCUGGAUUUGCAUCAUCUUUACAUUCUCUGUCGAUGAUUUACAAGAUACCCAUUUACUGCGU